AUGAGUGAAAAGAGAAAUACUAAAAGAAUUCAUUCAUCUGAUGGAUCCUUAUCAAUUGAAUAACUUAAAACGAUUUGUCCUGACUAAUAUGUCACUUAUGAAAUAUUUGAUCUUGCUUUUAAGCAAAUGUGGUCAGUCGUCAAUAAAUUAGAAAUGUUACAAUUAUAGCAAAACAGCAACGAUAAAUUGUUUGAACUUGAAAAAAGAAUUUAAAAUUUAGAGGAAGUUAUACAUAAAUUAACUUGUAUCCCACCUAUCAUCCCUGAAUCUCUUCAAUAAUAGAUUGCAGAAUUAACUGACACUAGUAAAUAAAUUCUGAUUUCAAUACCAUAACGAUUUGAUUAAAUUUAAAAUGAAAUUAAUGAGAAAGAUGAUCGAAUUAAAUCUGUAGAAGAUGCUUGCAAUAUAUUGACAAAAGUUUUACAUGAUGUAUAAACUGAAUACGAAGAUUAAAAAGAUUAAAUUGAUAAAAUGGAAGUUGAUUUAAUAAAUAUGUUUAAAAAUUUCUAAACUGUUUUAAAAUUAGAAUAAGAUUAAAGCAACAUAUAAACUGAAAUUCAGAAUAUUACUAAAGCAAUUAAUGAAAUAUAUUAAUUUAUCUGA